GGCCAGUGAAACUGUCAAUCUUAAGUGGUAACGUUUGGGGAAGUGUUGUGGCGCUGGCUAAUGCUAUCAUGUCGAGUCAGACAGGCUGGAUUAUUAUCGGUCUGCUGUGAUAAAUGUUAAACCUGCCAUGCAGACGAGACUGACAUAAAUCAGUCGACUGAGUCAGAGUCCUGGGUCCCUAUGGCUGUGUAUGAUGAAGAUAUCCUGAAGAAUCCAUUUUACCUGGCACUGGAGAAGCAAAGACCAGACCUCUGCAGCCGAGUGGCAGAAGUGCAUGGCAUUGUCUUGGUUCCAUGCCGUGGAAGUUUAUCAGCUAGUUCAUACACAGGAGCACAGUUUGAGAGCUAUGUCCUCUUGCCUGCAGAACAAGGCUUCCAGACAGUUGAUGGGAAGGAGGUGUCAAUAGAGAAUAACCAGGUGCAUUUGGUGACUGGGUUUGUGAGCCCUGCUUCAGUCCCCAUUUUGUUUGAGGAGACAUUCUACAAUGAGAAGGAGCAGGCCUACAGUAUCCUGUGUAUCACUCGACCUAUUGACUCUGAGCCGAGCACAGUUGAGCUGAAUCUUGUCCCCGCACACUACUGCCUGAAGAAUGUGGAUGAGGUAAAGGACUUCCUGGGCCGCCAUGCCGAGAAACUGGAUAAAUUCAUUGCUGCAUUCUGCCAGUCCUUCAAAGAGCAAGAAAGGAAGGGUCUGCGCCAUCACAUAGAUGCUGUACAUGCUCUGUAUACAAAAUGUCUUCAGGGCUUGCUGAGAGAUUCGCGUCUGAAGGUGCUGACCAAACAGGAGCUUCAGAUGACUCUUCUCAAACAAGCAGUGGAGAUGUACAUACAUAAUGGUAUCCAUGAUCUCCUCUUUAGUUAUGUGGGAACUCUUGAAGCAACUCAGGAUGCUGCAUUCAAUAAAACAACAAGAGGGCUGCAGGAACUGCAGCAGAAAGAUCUUGGAGUGAAGUCAGAUUUCAGUAUAAAUAUUCCUCGUGCAAAGCGGGAAUUAAGUCAGCUUAACCGCUGCAGCUCUCCUCAGCAGAAGCUGCUCUGCCUCAGGAAGGUUGCCUUCACCAUCAUGCAGUCACCCAGCCGCAAAGUUAACUUGGAGGCUGUAUGUGCUGAUGAUCUCCUUUCAGUUAUUCUGUAUUUACUGGUGAAAACCGAAAUUCCUAAUUGGAUGGCAAAUCUCAGUUACAUUAAAAACUUCCAUUUCUGCAACUCCACCAAGGAUGACCUGAGUUACUGCCUGACAUCGUUUGAGGCAGCUGUGGAGUACAUCAGCCAAGGCAACCUUAGUCAAGGGCCAACGGGCUUAGGAGAGCUGAAUGACAAACUGUUCUUCAGGCAAAAGAUGAAUCUUCUUUCUCAGAGUGCUUCUACACCUAUAGACUGUUUGUUUGAGCAUAUAGCAAAUGGGAACAAGGCAGAAGUCCAGCGCUUGCUAAGUGAAGGCGAGAGUGAGGAAGACAGGAGACAGUUGUGUCACCCACUGUGUUCCUGUGAUGCCUGUGACCUGCAUUUGUCAGGGAGAUUAAAUGACCCAUCUAUAGUCACUCCAUGUUCCCGGGAUGACCGAGGCUACACUCCUCUUCAUGUUGCUGCUAUAUGCGGUCAGUCUCUGCUGGUUGACCUGCUGGUGUCAAAGGGAGCUUCAGUGAAUGCCACAGACUACCAUGGCCUCACACCUCUGCACCUCAGCUGCCAGAAGGGCUAUCAGGGUUUCACGCUGCUGCUGUUGCACUAUAAAGCAAACACAGAGGCUCAGGACAACAAUGGGAACACUCCUCUUCACCUGGCUUGCAUGUAUGGCCACGAGGAUUGUGUUAAGGCACUGGUUUACUACGACCUGCACACAUGCCAGCUGAAUGUGCAGAAUGAUAAGGGGGAUACGGCACUGCACAUUGCUGCUCGUUGGGGUUACGAAGGCAUCAUGGAGGUGCUGCUGGAGAACGGUGCUUCCACUCAACUCCAUAACAAGGCCAAUCAGAGCCCACUGCACUGCGCACUCAACUCCAGGGUUCUGUCCUUGCUGGAGCGCACAUAUGAUAAUGCCAGUAAAAAGGCUCCCAGUCAUUCUCCACAGCCAGCUGACAGCAGCAGUAGACGUACCUCCGUGUCCAGUACAUCCUCAGUCAUCUCUGUGGAGGCCAAUUCUGAGAGUGAGCGCACUCGCCUAAAGGAGGUGGAGAAGUUACUGCGGGCAGUGGCAGAUGGAGAUGUGGAAAUGGUGCGCUACCUGUUGGAGUGGUUAGAUGAAGAGCCGGAGGAUGAAGAGAAAGCUGAAUUGCCUGAAAAGACGGAACUGUGCCACCCUCUGUGCCAGUGUCCAAAGUGUGAACCUACACAAAAGAAGUUAUGUGUCAUGCAGCCGGACAGGUUGGGAGUGAACAGCAGCAGUGCAGAUGGUUUCACUCCGCUGCACGUGGCAGCACUGCAUGGACACACAGUACUCGUCUCUUUGCUCAUCCGCCAUGGAGCCAACAUCAAUGCCUGUAACAGCCAGAAUGCCACUCCACUCCAUCUGGCCUGCCAGAAUAACCACACACAGGUGGUGAGCUCUCUGGUGGAGUGCAAUGCCAAGCUAAAUAAGAAGGAUCAGUUUGGGAACACUCCCCUGAUCCAAGCCUGUUUAAAGGGAGAUGAGGAGACAGUAGCAUUGCUAAUGGAGAGUGGUGCCUCACUGAACCUGGCCAAUAAUCAGGGUAACACGGCUCUACACGAGGCAGUGAGAGGAGGACACAAGACUCUGGUGGAACUGCUGCUACAGGCUGGGGCUCUCACACACCUCAGGAACAAGAGACAGCGCACUGCACUGGACUGUGCUCAAGAGACUAAUACAGCGAUUCUUAGGAUUCUACAGAAAACCUGUGCAUCCAGUCUUGAAGCCGAUACAGUCAAACAGUUCUGCAUAGCCCAAGAACAUCUAGGGAAAACAUCCAAUGUUGUCCAACACAGGAGUCCUGUUAUGCAAAGAAUACAGCCGAUGAAUAAAUCCAAAGACAGUACCAGCCUCUCCACCGACUCUACAGAUAUGGGUUCAGAUGACCUGAGUUACAGAAGGCGACUACGGCGGGGAGAGACUAUUGAUGGCUGCGACCUCUUCAUCCAUUCGCCUGAAAACUCGCACCCCUUCAAACAGGCCGCACUGAACCAGGCCAAAAGCUUAAACCGCAGUCACACCAUACACCAAGACCUGACCCACAGCUCCCCUGAGGACCUGAAGCACACACAGGCUGACAGCGGAGCAGAUGACCAUCCUACUAACCUCUCACCUGAACCUGAGCAGGUUAUUGGGAAGGCCGACGAGAGAACACCGGCCAGAUUGGAGGAGGAGGAGGAGGAGGAAGAACAAGAGGAGGAGGAUCAGAACACGGGCAAAAACUUGCGUUGGGUUUCUACAGAGAUGGAUAAUAUUGCACUCUGAGAACCUCAGAGGCUGCUCUAACUUGAUGAAACAAGGAAAUCACAGGCUAUGCAUUUAGCUGUUCUUUUGAAAACUGAACUGACCAGAUUUAAUACCCUUUCUUCAGUCGGUGAUACAAAUCUCACCCAGCCACUGACACGAACAGCUGCUUUAGCUCAAACCUGAACUGCUUUUAAACAGUUUAAAGCUUCAGCUUUAAUUCAGUGAACUGACUAUGAGAUACAACUUAAAUAAAACUGCUAGGGAUUGAGAGGCUGUGAGAAUUAAUGUAUGAACUCUUAAAAUGCUUGCUUAAUGUUAUAAUUUUUAUUUGUAAUAUAAAGGGAGAUAAGGAUAAGUAUGAAGAUGUAUUUCCAGGACUAAAACAGUCAAAACACAAAAUGAGAUGCUGACAAAAACCGUACAUUUAAAAGCCCCAGAUCCUACAUUUGUUUUGGUGUUUUAUCCUUUCCACUGAAGUCCACAUAUAGCAUUGUGUGGCUUUAUGUAGGAAAAAAGUCAUAGGGUCCUUUAACUAGUAGAGAAACAAACUUAUUAGACUGAAUUUAGCCUGCAGUUUUAUUUGACCAGCACUUUUUUUUUUACCAGCAUAGUUUUAUUUUUACCAACAUCAUAAAAAGGGAUGAUUGGGCAUAAUUUUUACUGUUUCUUUUUAAGUUUAACAUGAUCUAGUUUAUCAUUUGACUCUUUGAUUUUGACUUAUCAAAUUACUUGUAUGUUUCAUCAGCUUAGUCGACACUUACAGAAGCUUAAAGCUGAUUUUAUGUGUGACUGCAUGAGUGACUACAUAUUUCCAGGUAAGAAAUGCUUCUUCCUAAAAGUGGAAGUCUUCUAACAUGCCUUGUAUGAUUUCUGACAUGUCUUUUGACUUGACUGAUUAGAUUGCAAAUACUACUCGGAAUAGUAGUAUAGGAAUAGAUUUUUUCAUCUUUACUUGAUUUGAUUGAGUUAUUUUAAUUUAUUUUAAAAUGUGGAAUGUAGAUAUAAAAAAAUGCAGCUAUUUUAGAUGCCAAGGACUUUCUUCUUUCUUCAUGUUCCUAAUUCAAUUAAUCAAAACCUUCCUUGAUGCAUCCACAAAGUAUACAGGAGACAGUAUUCUGGACCAGUACUGUGUUUUAGGCAUGCACUUUACUCCUUAAAAUAUCUACACACAGUUCUAAAUGGAGGUUUUCAGACUGUUGACAUGUUUGGCAUACCUUUUCAAGCAGACUAAUCCUAACAUGGACUAGUUUCACUGUGUUUUUCAAUUUAGGUCUAAUGUGAACUAGUGAAAUUUUCUCAACAUAGACUUUUCAACUUUGCUAUUCGUCACCAAACGUAACCGAACUUUCUGGGUUGUAGCAUCUCUACAUCUCUAAUCUGGAAAAACAGCAAUUAUUUUUGUACAUGUCCCUUUAAGUGUUAUUCAUGUAAUAAUGCAGUGAAUGUGCCUUAUUUAAAUGGGGUUGGAAUAACCUAUGAAAAAUCAUACAUCAGUGUUUUUCAGUGAUGAAUUAAAAAAAAGAAACUGUUCA